AUGUACAUGGAAGAGUUGAUUCCAAAUCAACGCCCACCCACCGUCAGGAGGCAGCAACCCAACCGGCGGAACCGCAAAACUUUGCCUGGUUGGCCUUUCAGUCCAGUCCGGACGCCAGCAAACUCCCCAUUCCCGCCGGAAAAUGCGCAUUUUGGGGAUGCGGAAUCAUCGUCACCCACCCUCCUCCAAUUAACUUUGUCCUACACCAAUGCCGCAAGGAUGGUAGCAGAGAAGUCGGAAAGAGAAGUAGAACCGGGACCCCAGACGUUGCGUUGUAAAGGCAACUUGCCAAACCCGCCCGACCUUGCGAAAACAGUUGUUGAACAUCAAGCAAUGGACAUUCCUCUCAAACCUUUGUCCACGCAAACAACCACGGAAGCCACCACAAACGUACCCAGCACUCCGACCGUACAGGCAGACAAGGAUCCGCCUGUUUCCAAAACCGGCAUCAAUCUUGCCGCCCUCGCUUCUGUCACGUCCCCGCCGACAAUCUCUGUAUGGUCUCCCGCUCUGCAGUCGCCUCCGCAUCCGUCUCCCAUACAGCAGCAUCCCCACCAACCGCCCUUGCCUUUUCAUACGCCCCCACAUCCCCAGUCACAUCCGCAACCACCUGCACAUGCACUGGCACAUCCACACAACCCACACUGGUUGCGGUACCCACCACACCCACACUACGGUGGUCCGCAGUGUUUGCCCCCCUUUGAUCCAUCAGGAUUUGGUACCAUUCAAGUUCAAGUCCCGCCUGUCAUACUGCCGGGGCCGGCAAAUAGCGGCAAGUCUCCAACUCUGUUGUUUGACAUUGGACCCAGUUGCUUUUUGGUACAAAUGUGCAGUGUAGGCUUUCAACAUGAGAGCAGCAAAAGAGUGGAGGAGGACCUCUAA